CUAGGCUAUCUCUCAAAAAAUAAUAACAAACAUUAAUAACUAAAAUAAUCCACGGAAUGGCGCUAAAAUUUGAGGAUCUUCGCGACAAAAUAGAAAGCGGGGUCUACAAGCUGGCAAUGAACGACAAAAGUACGCGUAGCACCGUGUGGCGGGUGUAUCGCAAAAUUGAGAAGGACGAUGGAAGCUUUAUGGAGAAUGUCUUAUACUGCAUCGGCUGUAAAAGUAUCAUGUCCUUCGUCCACAAAUCAACGACGAAUUUGCGCCGUCACAGGUGCCACCUGCAAUAUCUUAAGAAGCAGACCUUAUACGGGUACAGGCCGACCGGCCAAUCCAAGACGGAGCCCCUUGAGAUGGAUUCGGAGUCGGCUAAUGAUGAGCUCGAGGAUAAACAGUCCAUUCCCGAUGAAAUGGAAAUAAAGCCCUCCGUCGUCGACGUAGCCGCGUUAGUUGCCGAGGUCGAAGGUGGCGGCCGUAUCUCCGGAGUCCCAUCUUUAGUCAAACUGCCAACCCAACAGCACCAACAGCAUCCUGACGUUCCGGACUUUUCACUGCCACCGGACAUCAGUGGAAGCGAGGAGUCCAACAUUUACGCCCAGACUUGGUCCCUAGAAUAUCGCAAACUUAGUGAAGACCAGAAAUUUUAUGCCAAAAAGGCAAUAGAUGAAAUCUUUGUCCUGGGCCGGCUGCGACGCCUCACUCUAAACACUGUGCCAACAGCAGAUUUAAAUGUGUAAUUAGCAUUAAGCAUUUUUAAGUUAUUCUUAUAUACAUAUGUAUAAACAUAAUGUUAUUAUUAUAUCCCACGGUA